GCGCACCGGGCCGCAGCCAUCCCCACCCUGCUCUCAUACAGGAAGCUGGGCUGCUAAUCAUCAGGCUGUCAACAAAGGGCGAAACUGCACCAAAUCGCCAAAUCCAUGCGGAAGUCGGCGGCGUUACCGACUCCGAGCUCCUUCCCCUGACCUGCAUCCCCACGCGAAGCGAGCCGAAGCGUCAACAUGGCGACGACCGCUCAGCUGUUCGAGGAGCCCUUUGACGCAGAUGAGUACAUUGAGAGGUUGGCAUGGAGGACUCCUGGAGGAGGCUCCAAGGGAGGAGCUGAGGCUUUUGACCCUAAAAGGCUCUUAGAGGAGUUUGAGAACCACAUAGAGGAGCUAAAGCUUCUGGAUGAGAGGAUCCAGCGGCGGGUGGAGAAGCUCGAGCAUCAGUGUCAUCGUGAAGCCAAGGAAUUUGCCCACAAAGUGCAAGAUUUGCAGAGAAGCAACCAGGUGGCCUUCCAGCAUUUCCAAGAGCUUGACGAGCACAUCAGCUAUGUGGCCACCAAGGUUUGUCACCUUGGCGACCAGCUGGAGGGCGUGAACACACCCCGGCAGAGGGCUGUGGAGGCUCAGCGUCUGAUGACCUAUUUCAACGAGUUCCUGGAUGGAGACCUACGCAGUGACGUCUUCAAUAACCCAGACAAGAUUAAGGAGGCUGCUGAUAUCAUCCAGAAGCUGCAUCUCAUUGCCCAGGAGCUGCCAUUCGACAGAUUUGCAGAUGUCAAGGCAAAAAUUGCCAGUAAGUACCAUGACCUGGAGCGACAGUUGAUCCAGGAGUUCACUGCUGCCCAGCGCAGGGGCGAGAUCGGACGUAUGAGGGAACUUGCGGCAGUUCUAUUACAUUUCAAGGGCUAUGCACAUUGUGUGGACGUCUAUAUCAAACAGUGUCAAGAAGGGGCCUACCUGAGGAGCGAUGUGUUUGAGGACACUGCAGUCCUCUGCCAGAGGGUCAACAAGCAGGUGGGCGAGGUCUUCAGCAGCCCAGAGACUGUCAUGGCCAAACUCAUCCAAAACAUCUUUGAGAACAAAUUACAGGCCCACGUCAAGGAUAAACUGGAUGGGACCCGGCACUCUGAUGUGGAACAGUACCUCAAGAACCUCUAUGACCUUUACUCCAAAACCACAGCAUUAGCCACCAAGCUAACGGAGUUCAACCUGGGCUCAGACAAGCACACGUUCCUGUCCAAGCUGAUAAAGAGCAUCUUCUCCUCCUACCUGGAAAGUUACAUUGACAUGGAGAGGGAAUACCUUCGCACUCGGGGUGCCAUGAUUCUGCAGCGAUACUACGACUCCAAGAACCAUCAGAAACGCCCCAUAGGCACCGGCAGUAUUCAAGAGCUGAAGGAGCGUAUCAGACAGCGCACUAACCUUCCGCUGGGCCCCAGCAUCGACACUCACGGGGAGACCUUUCUGUCCCCAGAGCUGGUCGUCAACCUGCUGCAAGAGACACGCCAUGCCUUUGAGAGAUGCAACAGGCUUUCAGAUCCCUCUGACCUACCCAAGAAUGCCUUCUCAAUAUUCCUGCUGCUGGUCGAACAUCUCUGUGUGGAUCACAUUGACUACGCCCUGGAGAUUGGCCUCUCAGCCAUUCCCUCAUCAGACGCCAAGAAUGCCAACCUGUACUUCCUGGAUGUGGUUCAACAAGCAAACUCUAUCUUCCACUUGUUUGACAAGCAGUUUAAUGACCAGCUUAUGCCUCUUAUAAGCUCAUCUCAAAAGUUGGCAGAGUGCCUGCACAAAAAGAAAGAGACGAUAGAACAGAUGGAAGUGAAACUGGACACGGGAAUUGACAGAACACUGAACUGCAUGGUGGGGCAAAUGAAGCACAUUUUGGCAACUGAGCAGAAGAAGACUGACUUUAGGCCUGAAGAUGAAAACAACGUCAUGAUCCAGUACACUACAGCCUGCUCCAAGGUAUGCGCCUACGUCAGUCGGCAGGUGGAGCACGUGCGGAAAUCCAUGGAUGGGAAAAAUGUGGACGUGGUGCUGACAGAGCUGGGCGUGCGUUUCCACAGGCUCAUCCACGAGCACCAACAGCAGUACAGCUACAGCUCGAUGGGAGGCAUGCUGGCCAUCUGCGACGUGGCCGAAUACCGAAGAUGCGCCAAAGACUUCAGGGUUCCUCUGGUGCUGCAGCUCUUCGACACACUCCACGCCCUCUGUAACCUCCUGGUGGUCGCCCCUGACAACCUGAAGCAGGUCUGCUCGGGUGAGCAGCUCACCAAUCUGGAGCGGAACCUCCUGCAUGCCUUCGUCCAGCUCAGAGUGGACUACCGUUCAGCCAGACUGGGCCGCCACUUCAGUUAGUGACUGAUACAACACUCUGCUGCCCUCCGUCCAGUAACCAAUGCUUUGAUGAGAUGACGCACCUUGAAGAAACCCAUCCCUGUUUCAGAGAACGCAUCGGUCUGGCCCCGGCAUACAGACUUGACUGGGAUCGCUUUGUACAUCAUGGAGGCAAAGGCCACUGCUCCUUGAAUUUGGGAAAUGUGCAUUUUACCGAUUUAUUUUGUCCAAGAAAUUUAAAUAUCUAUUGACUUAAGAUUUAAUUUGUUUUUAAAUACUAAUCCAUCACCAAUCUAAGAUUUCUGAAUAUUAUAAGUAAAUGGACAACGUUGAAUUAUGUGCUUAUGUAAAAGAAGAAAAGAAAAUUGAGAAACUUUUUUUUUUGAUUGUGCCAAAUAUAUAAAUUCUGUGGCUGCACUUGUGCACAAGAAAAGACCCUGAAGCUGCUGUAAAGGGAGACGGUCAACAAUCACUCUGUAAAGUCAAACAUCAGGCCUGCAGUAGCACUGUCUAUCGGGAACAGCUUCCCUUCCUAAUGAAUCGUAGACAACAGAGGCAGCCCGGCCGAGCAUGAGAUAGAGCUCGGUCUGGCUGAGAGAGACACAUGACCACCUCUCUAACCUCCGAGCUCCGACCACAAAGCAAAAGGUCAACAGGCCAUCACAGAGAACUGUGAUCUGAACUACACGCAGGCCUGGGAGCCUCUCUGGAGAUUUGGGUGGUCCCCUCUUAGGCUCAGAUGACUGGUGUGAUGGGUCACUGAGUAUGUGUCACUGUAAUUGCACAGAUCAACACUUGCUCAUCCAGCGGUGCACACAGACUGGAUCUGCAGUGGUUCUGGGUCAGGAGACAUUGAAAUGUUGACCUCUGCCGAUGAAGGAAACAAACUAGAGGGGACGUCUUCACACAGGGCUUAUGGGAGGUUCACACUCACUGUCUUUUGCACUAAGAAAGACGCCAGAUCGCGUCCCCGAUGCCUGAAACUUGUCUCAUACGCAAAGCUGCUCCCACUGUGCUGCUGUUUACCUUAAUUAGUGACUCAUUAAAUAAGAUGUUGCAUUUUA